CUCGCGGUGCGAUUUCGAUUAAUAAAGACUUUUCCCAGCUCCAGCCGGUGCUGCAGGGCACGCGCGGAAGCCGCUUUGCUCCUGGGCGCUGCCAGUCCCACGUACGGGAGGCAGCGAGGGACAAAAUUCAAGCUUCAGGGGCUGUUCGGGCGAGGUGCCCCUCCCCAGGCGUUGAUUUUAUUCCGGCCCGGCUGCACUCCCCAUGCUGCGAUGGCUGAUGGGAGGCGGCCGGGAACCGCAGGGACUCUCCGAGAAAUCGUCCAUGCAGAGCUUAGGUGAAGAACAAAUACAGAAUCCCUACACUGAGCUCCUUGUACUGAAAGGUCAUCAUGAUAUAGUGAGAUUUCUAGUACAAAUAGAUGAUUGCAGAUUUGCAUCUGCAGGAGAUGAUGGAGUUGUAUUUCUGUGGAAUGCUCAGACUGGAGAAAAGUUAUUUGAGCUGCAUGGACACACACACAAAAUUACAGCCAUUGCAGCAUUUCCUUCAUCUGGUGCUUGUGAAGAAAAAAAUCAUUUGAUCUUAACUGCAUCUGCUGAUAGGACAGUUAUUGUUUGGGAUUGCAAUAGUGGCAGGGAAGUUCAGAAAGUGUCAUGCUUCCAUUCCACUGUAAAGUGUUUGACAGUUCUUCAAAGACUGGAUGUAUGGUUAUCUGGAGGGAGUGAUCUAUGUGUUUGGAACAGAAAAUUAGAUCUCUUGUGUAAGACCAGUCAUAUCACUGAUGCAGAUAUCAGUGCUUUGGUUGAAUUGCCUAAAAACUGUGUUGCAGCAGCAGUUGGCAAAGAGUUGAUAAUUUUUAGGUUGGUAGUUUCCACAGAGGGAUCUGAAGGUUGGGAUGUCCUUGAAGUAAAACGCCUGGCUGACCAUCAAGAUAAUAUCCUCUCGUUGGUCAGUGUCAAUGAUUUGACUUUUGUGACUGGCUCUCAUGUGGGUGAGCUGAUAGUCUGGGAUGCAUUGAAUUGGAUAAGUCAAGUAUGUGACUGCAACACAUGGGACCCGUCUUUCCACACAGUCACACAACAAGAAAUUAAAUUAUCACAAAACCAACAUGAAGUUUCAAUUCAGCAUUUAACAUCUGAUGCGGAGUGUGUGUUUGCUGCUGUUGGGAAGGGCAUAUAUGUCUAUAACCUUCAAAUGAAGCGUGUGAUUGCCUGCCAGAGAACUGCUCAUGACUCCAUUGUAUUGCACAUUGCAAGACUUCCAAACAGGCAGCUGGUAUCAUGCUCAGACGAUGGCAGUGUUCGCAUUUGGGAACUACGUGAAAAGCAGCAGCUUCCAGCUGAGCCUGUUCCAACAGGGUUUCUCAACAUGUGGGGCUUUGGAAGGGCCAACAAACAAGUAAGCCAAACUGCUAAAAAGAUGCAAGAAAGCACUACAACAUAUUCCUUGGAGCUUAUUGGCGAUUUGAUUGGGCAUUCGUCAGCCGUGCAGAUGUUCCUGUACUUUAGUGAACUUGGCCUGGUGACAUGCUCUGCUGACCACCUUAUUAUUUUGUGGAAAGAUGGAGAAAGAGAAUCUAGACUGCGUAGUUUAACAUUAUUUCAGAAAUUAGAGCAAAAUGAUGACUUGCAGCUUAGGUUCUAACUUGGUUGAAUAAGCGAUAGAUGUGCAUGAGCUGUGUGUAUGUUACGUAUGUGUGUAAAGGAAAUUGAGCUAUUUGAAAAGUUUAAAUAUUGAAACUAAUGUGUAUCGUUAUGCCAUACCUUUUAAAUGCCAUACAGUAAAGGUGGUGUCUUUUCCCCUUUCUUUGAA